AUGGGCUCAUUCGCUGAAGGAAAUAAUUCUACAACCACAUGGAGCUCACUUUUUCUUCCUAUCGAAGAUGAGGUGAUGUUUGCAUCCUUCACCACACUCUUUUCACCCCUUCAGUUAUCACCAUCGCAAGAGGAACAACAAGAACAACAACAAUAUCAACCAUCAUCACAACGGGAAGGACCUGGAGUGAAUAUCACUCAAUUUUCUCCAAAAGAAAAGGAAGAUUCACCCCUUCGCGUUGAUGAUUCUGAUGCUACCCGAUCGCCUCUCUUCGCUCUCUGUGGAGAACGUGCGGAUGCUGUUGUUUGUGUUUUGGAAAACCGUCAGGUGGUUUUUUUUGAUUUAAAGAGUGAAGUUAUGGGACCAAGAGAAGUUCGUCGAUUAAAUGCGAUGAAAAAUUUACGAGGAUGUCAAUACUCCAAGGCCACCUGUGCCUCUUUAAUUCCAUUAGAUAUUUGUUAUAUGUGCAGAGCCCCUGCGGUGUCGAUUCCCUCCGCCGCUUCUAAAGCAAUGGGUGAUGCCACCACCGCCGUAUUGAUGACAACGAGAUUCGCUCAGUCGUCUAAUGAUCCCGUUUAUCUUCGCGGGGUCGUGGGUUCAACUGACGGUCGCGUGGAUGUUUUCUCUGAACACAGUUACGUGUUUGGAUUUGUCGCUCAUGACUCACCUGUGGUCGCAGUGAGUGCUAUUUGCAGUGGAACAGAUAAUCAUAGUGAUGAUUAUAAUAAUAUAAAUAUUAAUAAUAGAGAUGAAAUGUUGGAUAAUAAAAAUAAACAAUUAGAGAAACGUCGAUUUGAAGAUGUUACAGCUAAUAUGGGAUUUGUUACUUGUGGUUCAGAUGGUGUGGUAUAUGUAUGGAAACGACAAGAUCUCUACUUAAAACCACAAAUGUUUGAUAAGAGUGCAUUCUUCUCCCGUACUAUUAUGUGGUAUGUGGUACAACCCUGUAGUCGAGAUUGGAUGUUAAGUGGUAUGGGAAAUGCACGGGAAUCAUUAGUGGUCCACACCACACCAGGAUUAGAACAUGAACUCCGUGUACGCAGCAGUGUGACCUUUGAAGAUGUGGAACCACGUGUAUUAUUGCCAGGUUCCUGCUUUACACGCACCACCGCACUGGCAGCUAAUAAUGAAAUGGCACUCGUCGCCCGUGGUCGUGAUGUAUUUGCGGUGACUCUCUCUGAAUCCCAAUGUGAUCGCAUCUUCACCGCACAGCAUACCGUAACAGGAAUGUACAUGGCGAAUAGAGACAUGGCAGCGGCGACGUGUGAUAAUGGUGGUCUCUUGUAUGUGUUGACAUUACGGCCUGUUGGUCUAUUGGGAUGUUAUCAUGUGCAGUGUGGUGGUCCUAUUCGAUCUGUCUCUAUGCAUACCGCCUCGCGUCUCAUUACGGUGGUGGGCGGCGAUGGCACUGUGGAGGUGGCGCGAAUGCCGGAUGAAUGGGAAUCGGUUGAAGAGGAAACAAACGGGUCCGUUCGUGUUGGGGCAGCGGGUAAGGGAUGUGUGCCGUAUGCUGGUGUGAUGGAUUCCGUUGCGGCCGCUCGGGUGCUGCACUCACUUGCGCAGAUGCAGAGACCAGACCGCACUGCACGGAAUGAAGGCGAAGAGGCCGCCGCGCAGGAAUCUCUGUGGCUUGCACGCAUGGGAGUGCCAGAAGAGGCAAAUGUGUAUCUCCACCGCACUGCUGGAGUGGUGUGA